AUGACUAAAAAGGAGAAAACUACUUUUUGCUUUGUAUUGAAAAAUGAAAAAAUACCUGAUGGUUGUGCUUCAAACAUUUCAAGAUGUGUUCAACUUGUAGAAAAAAAAGUUAGCGGAUACAAGAGCCACGAUGCACAUUUCAUGUUGCAUUACUUGCUUCAAGUGGAUGUGAGAUGUACAAUACCAAAACAGGUUGCACAUCCAUUAAUCCGUCUUUGUUCAUUUUUUCGUUGUUUGUGUCAGAAGGUUAUUGAGGUGGCAGAUUUGGAUAUCUUACAAUCUGAGAUUGCAGAAACACUUUGCCAACUCGAGACAAUUUUCCCCCCAAGUUUCUUUGAUAUAAUGGUUCAUUUGCCAAUACAUCUAGUGAAUGAGGUAAGAAUGGGAGGACCUGUUCAAUUUCGGUGGAUGUACUUUCCAGAAAGAUAUCUAGGAAAAUUGAAGAGUUAUGUUCGUAAUAAAAGUCGUCCUGAGGGUUCUAUUGCUGAGGGUUAUUUGGUUGAAGAAUACUUGACAUUUUGCUCUCGGUAUUUGCAUAGUGGUGUUGAAACAAGAUUCGCUAGAAUGACAAGAAAUAGCGAUAGAUUUGAUCCUCAUGAACAUGAAAGUCCAAGCUCUUGUCUUAACGUUGGUCAUCCUAUUGGAGGAAAGAGAAAGGGUGAAGCAAUUUCGUUGGAUUGCAAGUCAAGGAGUUUAUCCCAUCGUUACAUCUUAUUCAAUCAUGAAGAUGUCCAAAAAUUUAUAAGUGAGCAUGAAAAUUCAAAUUCCAACAAGAGAAAGGGGUGGAGCAAACCAAAGAGUCAAGGCUUAGAUUUUGUUGAAUGGUUUAAGAAGCGUGCAUUGUUAAGUGAUGUAUCAGGAAACCUUAGGACGCUAUCCAGAGGACCAAAUAAAAUUGCAUGA